AUGACCCUCCCUGUCUCUCUUGCCACUGUUCAGCUGAAGUGCAAAGACUGUAAAAAUAUUUUCUAUUCCUGUUUGCAUGUGGGUUGGUUUCCUUUUCUAGGUUUGUCUUUACCCAGGUUUGUCCUUUAUAGGGGAAGACGAGUGUUUAUUUGCCUUUUGGUAAUUUCAUCUACUGACCAGAAUAUCCUGGGUGACCUUCUUGCUUGCCCUGUGGACGUGGCAGGGGUCAUGGUUGGGGAGAGGGCACAGAUGAGUCAGUCACAGCGGCUUCUGAUGGGCUGUGCUGUUUGUCACACACCUUUUGUCACCGAUCAACCCUUCUGUGAUGUCUGA